AAGUGUGUCCCACAAAUGUCCCGCAAGAAGAUGGGACACACUUUUGCCUCAAAGUUGCUGCUACUACUACCGACAAGCUUAGCAUGUUUCUCUGUUUUUCCUUUGUCCUUAAUUGAAAAAAAAGUUUCUUCUAUGAAUCUAUCUUCUAUAAAACAACUCGCUUCCACGAAGCCUCACUUCAUCUUCACUAUCAACUUCUCUAUAACCAAUAGCUUUCCUUACUUCUCCAGUGUGAAAAUGGAUGAGUUUGUUAACCUAGAGGCAACCGAGCUGAGGCUGGGAUUACCAGGAACAGACAAUGUAUGUGAAGGAAGAGAAAGAGUCUCUUGCAGUAAAAGAGCAUUACAAGGUGCAGCUGAGAAUGAGACUGAAUCAUCAACGAUGAAAACGGAAACGUCCCCUCCACGCAAGGCUCAGAUUGUUGGAUGGCCACCAGUUAGGUCUUUCAGGAAGAACAUCGUUCAAACAAAGAAGAACGAAUCUGAGAGUGAGGGUGGUCGAGGACUCUAUGUGAAAGUAAGUAUGGAUGGUGCACCAUACUUGAGGAAAAUAGAUUUGAGUUGUUACAAAGGAUACUCAGAGUUACUAAAAGCUUUAGAGAUGAUGUUCAAUUUCUCGGCGGGAGAGUAUUUUGAGAGAGAAGGAUAUAAUGGUUCAGAGUUUGUGCCUACUUAUGAAGAUAAAGAUGGUGACUGGAUGCUCAUUGGAGAUGUUCCAUGGGAGAUGUUUGUAUGCACUUGCAAAAGACUGAGGAUCAUGAAAGGAUCAGAAGCCAAAGGCUUCGGAUGUGAUGUAUGAGACAAAGAUUCAUGAAGCCUAAAAGAGGCACAAGAACCUAAAGAGAGCAGAGUUUCUUUGGGUCAAGAAAAAAUCUGGUCGUGCUCGGGUUGUCGGGGAAGACCUAUGUUCAGGAUACCUCAUCGGUGAAUUCGAAUGUAGAGAUGCUUAAUGGUAUUAAGCACAUAAAACUGGAACCUAAAUACUUUCUUUUGUUUUUGUUUCAGAAACAGGGCAAACGGUUGUCCUUAAGUCUUUGGUUAUGUACUACAUUUUUAAAAUUUAUGUGUUGUGAAGAUUGAAGAGUUAUUCUUAUGUUUGUAGCAUUCUGUUUUGUGUUUUCAUUGAUCAAAAGAGAUUUUCAAGCAA